AGCGCGCCCGCCCCGACCCCGGCCCGGCCCCGCGCUGGGGGAAGAUGGCGCAGGACGCCGGCGUUAUGGAGGACGGGCAGCUCUCGGACUCGGACUCCGACAUGACGGUGGCCCCCAGCGAGCGGCCGAAAGGACUGUGCGGGGACAGCACCGUGAAGCCCUUCCAGGCCACUGCAGCAGCUUGCAUGCCACCUUCCCAUUAUCGGACUGUCAAAGGUGUGGAUUCGAGUGAAGAGAGCUUUUCGGAUUCAGACGAGGAAAGCUCCCUGUGGAAACGCAAGCGGCAGAAGUGUGGUAAUCCUCCUCCCAAACCAGAGCUAUUUCCCUUUGGCCAGAACAUCCAGAAACCUGCGGCCGGAGGGAAAAAGGUGAACAACAUCUGGGGUGCUGUGCUGCAAGAACAGAACCAGGACGCAGUGGCCACCGAACUUGGAAUCUUGGGAAUGGAGGGCACAAUCGACAAAAGCAGACAGUCAGAGACGUACAAUUAUUUGCUGGCGAAGAAACUCAAGAAGGAAUUCGAAGAGCAUACAAAAGAAUUAGACAAAGAGCUAGAUGAAUAUAUGCAUGGUGGCAAAAAAACCGAAGCCCGGGAAGAGGAAAAUGAAAAUGGGCAAGGUCAUCUCAAACGCAAGCGACCCGUCAAAGACAGGUUGGGAGACAGACUGGAAAUGAACUAUAAAGGUCGUUAUGAGAUCACAGAGGAUGAUUCUCAGGAGAAAGUGGCUGAUGAAAUUUCUUACAGGUUGCAGGAACCUAAGAAAGAUUUGAUAGCCCGUGUAGUUAGGAUAAUUGGAAAUAAAAAGGCAAUUGAACUUCUGAUGGAAACUGCUGAAGUUGAGCAAAAUGGGGGCCUUUUCAUAAUGAAUGGUAGUCGAAGAAGAACACCAGGUGGAGUUUUUUUGAAUCUCCUGAAAAACACUCCUAGUAUCAGCGAGGAACAAAUUAAGGACAUUUUCUACAUUGAAAAUCAAAAGGAAUAUGAAAAUAAAAAGGCUGCUAGGAAGAGGAGAACACAAAUAUUGGGGAAAAAGAUGAAACAGGCUAUUAAAAGUCUAAAUUUUCAAGAAGAUGAUGAUACGUCACGAGAAACUUUUGCAAGUGACACAAAUGAGGCUUUGGCCUCUCUUGAUGAAGGACAGGAAGGACAUGGAGAAACGAAGUUAGAUGCAGAGGAAGCCAUCGAAGUGGAUCAUUCUAACGAUUUGGACCUCUUUUAAUGCGAUUUGAAUUAUAAACCUUUCUAAGUUAACAACAUUGUAACCAUUUCUACUGAGAUUAUUUUGUUUUACUUUGCACUGAUUAAAAAAUCUGGAAAGACAAGUUUUCUGUUGUAAAUAAAAAGGAAUAAAUUGGGAAA